AGAGAAAUGGUGCUGGAAUGACUGAAUAUCCACGUGCAAAAGAAUGAAGUUGGACUCCUACCUCUCAUCGUGUAAGAAGUAAACUCAAAAUGGGUCAAUAACCUAAAUAGAAGACCUAAAACCAUAAAACAGAAGAAAACUUAGGAGGAAAGCUUCAUGACUUUGGAUCCUUAGAAAUGACACCAAAAGCAUGAGCAACAAAAGAAAAAAAUUGGACUUCCUCAAAUUGUGCAUCGAAGGACACUAUCAAGAGAGUGAAAAAACCUACAAAAUGGGAGAAUAUUUGCAAAUAUAUCUGACAAGUAUCCAGAAUAUAUAAAGAACUUGUAUAGCUCAACAACAAAAAGAAAAAUUUUUUAAAAACAGGCGAAGGAUUUGUAGAGACAUUUCCCCAAAGAAGAUACACAAAUGGCCAAAAAGCACAUGAAAAGAUUCUCAUCAUUAGUCCUUUGGGAAAUGUAAGCCGAAACCACCUUGAGAUACCACUUCCCACCCACUAGAAUGACCAUAAUCAAAACCAAAAAUAACAAAUGUAGACAAGAAUGUGAAGAAAUGAGAACCCUUAUACAUUGCUGGUGAGAAUGUAAAAUGAUGCAGCCAAUUGUGGAAAGCAUUUUGAUGGUUCCUAACAAGUUAAACAUAGAAUUACAUGUGACCCAUUAAAUACUCUUAAAUAUCUACCCAAAAGAAUUAAAGACAGAUGUUCAAAUGAAGACUUAUACACAAAUAUUUCUAGCAGCACUUUUUGCAAUUGCCAAAAGGCUGAAACAGCCCAGAUGGCCAUUAGUGGGUGAAUGGACACACAAAGUGUGUAAUAUAUGUACAUGGAAUAUUACUCAUCAAAAGGAGUGAAGCACUGAGACAGCCUCCAACAUGGAUGAUCCUCAAAAGCAUUAUGCUGAGUGAGAGAAGCCAGACAUGAAAGUGCUGCUUUUGAUACAGUUCUUGGGAUAAACGUUGCAGUCAAGAAACUAAGCCGGCCUUUUCAGAAUCAAACUCAUGCAAAGAGAGCUUAUCGUGAACUCGUCCUCCUAAAAUGUGUCAAUCAUAAAAAUAUCAUUAGUUUGUUAAAUGUGUUUACACCACAAAAAACUCUAGAAGAAUUUCAAGAUGUGUAUUUGGUUAUGGAAUUAAUGGACGCUAACUUAUGUCAAGUUAUUCACAUGGAGUUGGAUCAUGAAAGAAUGUCCUACCUUCUUUACCAGAUGCUCUGUGGUAUUAAACAUUUGCAUUCAGCCGGUAUCAUUCAUAGAGACUUGAAACCUAGCAACAUCGUAGUAAAAUCAGACUGCACCCUUAAGAUCCUGGACUUCGGCCUGGCCCGGACAGCAUGCACCAACUUUAUGAUGACCCCAUACGUGGUGACGCGGUAUUAUCGGGCGCCCGAAGUCAUCCUGGGCAUGGGCUACAAGGAGAACGUUGAUAUCUGGUCAGUGGGUUGCAUCAUGGGCGAGCUGGUGAAAGGUUGUGUGAUAUUCCAAGGCACUGAUCAUAUUGAUCAGUGGAAUAAAGUUAUUGAGCAGCUAGGAACACCAUCUGCAGAUUUCAUGAAGAAACUUCAGCCAACUGUGAGGAAUUAUGUAGAAAACAGACCAAAGUAUCCUGGAAUCAAAUUUGAAGAACUCUUUCCAGAUUGGAUAUUCCCAUCAGAAUCGGAACGAGACAAAAUUAAAACAAGUCAAGCCAGAGAUUUGUUAUCAAAAAUGUUAGUGAUAGACCCUGACAAGCGGAUCUCAGUGGACGAAGCUCUGCGUCACCCUUACAUUACCGUCUGGUAUGACCCUGCCGAAGCAGAAGCGCCACCGCCUCAAAUUUACGAUGCCCAGUUGGAAGAAAGAGAACAUGCCAUUGAGGAAUGGAAAGAGCUGAUUUACAAAGAAGUAAUGGAUUGGGAAGAAAGAAGCAAGAAUGGUGUCGUAAAAGAUCAGCCUUCAGAUGCAGCAGUAAGUAGCCACGCCACUCCUUCUCAGUCGUCAUCCAUCAAUGACAUUUCAUCCAUGUCCACUGAGCAGACGCUGGCCUCAGACACUGACAGCAGUCUCGAUGCCUCGACGGGACCCCUUGAAGGUUGUCGAUGAUGAGUUAGGAAUAGCAAGCUUGUCGUCAGUGAGGAAGUCUCGCCUCCAUGGGCCUGAAAUGCUCCGGAGUUGAUGGAGCCACAUAGAAAAACCCCAUGUUCUGCAUGUAAGAAACACGACGCCUUGCCCCUGCUCAGUCCGAUAGGGUUGCCUGUCUAGAUUAUAAAAUGAAGCAGGUUGUGUCUGAAGAAAAAAAGUGCAAGCCACAUUUUUAGAGAUUUUGUUCAAGGUCAUUUCAGGUGAGCAAUUAGAAUGGAUGAAGUUUUUUAAAGUUGUACGGUAAUAGUAGUGACAAUUUAUCAUCCUCAGUAACUGUUGGGACUUAUAUGCAUGUGACCACAAAUGCUUGCUCCGACUUGCCAUCUAGCACUUUGGAAAUCAGUAUUUAAAUGCCAAAUAGUCUUCCAGGUAGUGCUGCUUCUAGAAUUAUCUCUUAAUCCUCCUAAGUACUUUGGUGUCUGUCCAGAAAAAAUAGAUUUAUGUGUAUUAAUUGGCCACCAUCAUAUUAUCAUAUCUCACCUUCUCUUAUGGUAUGAUUUAUUCUAUCUUUUGUAUUUUGGAAGGAAUAUAAUUAAAUCUAUUUAAUAAAUGAAAAAUAGAACUUUUCUUAAAUUUGUCAUGUUUGGGGCUGAGAAUUAUCCCUGCUAAAACCAAGACACUUACAUGCAUACUUUGUCCUCUCCAGAUCGUCUUAGUCUGGGAUGGCUGUACAUUCAGCUUUACUAUGUGAUAAAAUUUUAAGUUUUGUUUUGUGCUGCUUAAGUUACAUAUGCCUUUCAAAUCCUUAUUAUUAUUGACUUAUUAUUAAUUUAAAAUGUUACCUAGACAUUCACCUUCUUUAUUAGCCACCUAACAGUCCAUUUCGAUGAUGGCAGAUGGAUCCUGAAUCCAUUACCUGCUGUUAGAGUAGAAUUUUAGGAAACGAUCACUGAAGGUGACCACAGGUGCCUACUCAGUGCUCGCUCUGCCUGAGCCGGGACCGGCCCGUUCUGACCUUCUGUCAUUCACGGUGCACAUGACCUCACAAGGCAGCGUUUCCCUUUUGCAACACAACAACGUUCUUACUUUCUCGCUUUACUGAAAGGUUUUCUCGCUUUACUGAAAGAAACCACCUGAAUCCCCCAUGGUCUGUUGUCGGAAGCGUUUUGAUUCUGAACCCCUGCUUGUUGUCCUCCACUUGGUGGCGGCAUCUCCUUUUCCUCAGGGAAAUCAUGAAUGUUCUGGGAAAACUCUGCAGAGGGACAUGGAGGAAAUGCCCAAAAAAGUGGUGACUAACUAGUGAAUAUUUCCCAAUUUAAAACUGCUCACCUGAAAUUGAUACUUUCAGACUUUUUGAUGUGGAAAUUAUUCAGAAUUCACUAAGAUACUGAGUACUGAAGUGUCACUGCAGAAAUGGAGUUGUAAUGGUCACACUUUGGCUACCUGUGCUCAUAAUGCUUUUCCCUUGAGCUUAUUCUGUUACAGAUUCAUAUCUUGUGUUUAAUUAUUUUGGAAGCUGUUGGAUCAACAUUCUAUAGAAUUGGUCUUAGGAGGAACUUUGAUAAGAAAGUUUAUUAUAAAUAUUAUCUACAAUAUAUGAUUCUCUCUGCACCAGUUGUAUCUUAUCGAUUGGUCUUAUCACUGGAAAGUGGAACCUUUGAUGAGCAAAAUUAAUAUUGAAGUAAUAAAUCGUUUUAUAUUGUUAGGUUUAGACACAUUCAAGUACAAGAUGGAAACACUAACUUGGACUGAGGCAGAAGCAUCUGUUACAGGACUGGGACAAUUUUGGUUUUGGAGGCCUGAUGAUAUAGUGAAGAAAGGUAUCGCUAUACAUGUAAAAGCAUCAUAAAGUGGCCUUCUCUCUAAUGUACAUUCUUUAAAAAGACUUUACUAAAUCUGUCUUUAAAAAGGAAAACAAAGAGAGGGGAUUGUUUUUAAAAUGCGUUGUCUACCCUGGGCUAAUGUAAACGCAGCAGUGUGUUGAGGGCGUAUUGAGGUCCCACUUACCAGGCACCAUAGAUGGAGCUGGGUGCCCCACAGAUUGGCUCUCAGCUCUCAUUGCUCUGUGUGGUCACGAAGAGAGCCCGCGUCAGCCUGGGCAGGUUUUCUGCCAAAGCCACCUUCCAUCAGGUAGUGGAGAGUGCACCUAGGACAGGCCACAGGCUGCAGACCGCAGAGCUCCGUGGGAACGCCUCGCGGCUCCCGGGUCCUCCCUCCUGAGCAAGCUGUGCCGGGUCCUGCUGCAGGGCGCACGGGUUCAAACUGGUCACUAUGGAUGAAUGCCAAUGUGGAUAAGAACUGAAAAUGUGCUCCAUUUACAUCUUCUCUAUUUUAUUUUUGUAGUUUAUAUUGUACACAACCCUGGAAGUAACUAUUUUGGACACAUAUUUUUAUAAACCAGGUAAUUUAUUAUUAGCCUGGAAUUUGGAGUAGGUUUGUUUCGUUUGUUGGCUUUGUUUUCAUUCAAAUUGGAAAUGACUGCCUCCUCUAGGCUGGAUCUUGACUUCAAGCGCAGGUCCAGAGAGCAGACAGAGUCUGUCAGACUAAGCAAGCAUUCUAGAAUCACAUGCUGCUCAGUGCUGAUCAGCUGUGGUCCUGGAAAUGCAAGUACCACUCAGUUCUUAUCUUUGGAAUGAAAAGCUCAGAGCUGCUGGGCUGAAAGGAGAAGCCCUCGGCAGAGCCGGUAGAGAACAGCCAGGGUCCCUAGUCGGAAGGCUGCAUGCGAUGCUGGUUCCACCCGGAUGUGAUGCUGAGAGUCCUGGUGGUGACGUCGGGGUCAUCGGCUGAUUGUUCAUGUGACACCCACUGGUGUUUCAUGUCGGUCCUAAAUACAGGUGUGGCCUUUCAGAUCACAUCUCAAACGUAACAUUGCCUAAUGUUUUAUAAUAAAAUAUAUUAUGUGUGUU